AUGUCGGACGUGCGUGCAGGGUCAAUCCAGCAGCACCACGACGACAAGCUGGGCAGCAGCAAGUCGCAUGCAGGCAUGGAUGGCCGACAUUCGGGCAGCGCAGGCACCUUCGUCAGCAGCAUCAGCGCAGUGUUCAAGGGCGGGCACGGCAGCAAGCAUGGACGGAGCCAAGCGUGGACACCACUCGGUGGCGCGUCUGCCGCUCGUUCGUCGACCUCGUCGUCGACCUGCAGUCAAUGGUUUGGAUGCUCGUCUUGCUGUUCAUCUUCAGACGACCGCACCGAGAGCCCCUCCAAACAUACCUUGGAUCGAGUGUUCUUCCGUCGACUCUGGCAAAUCACCAAGCUCUUCUUCCCGUCCAUUCGAGCACAGCCGUCGAUGUGGCUUUGUCUGCUGCUUGGCCUCGCAUUGGGACUGCAGGUCGUUUAUUACCUGAUUGGCAUGAUCCCAAGUCGGUAUUACUCGAUUCUGCAACGCAAGGACGAGAGCGCGUUCACUGCCCAGACCAUCUACUGCUUUGUCCUCGUCGUGGCGGUGGCCGUCAUGAACAGCGCGAGCGGUUUUGUUCAGGCGCAGCUCUACUUGCAGUAUCGCCAGCGCUUGACGCUGUUUCUCCAACAACUGUACUUCAGCAACACGACUUGCUACCGCACCAACGUGCUGGACAGCCGCGUGGACAAUGCAGAUCAGCGCAUUGCUCAAGACGUGGAUAAAUUCUCCACCUCGUUGAGUAAAAUCCAGGCGAAAAUCAUCAUCCUCCCCCUCACAAUCCUCUACUACACGUACCAAAGUGCCAAUGCAAUGGGCUGGGUCGGCCCAGUCAGCGUUUUUGGCUUUUUCAUCGUUGGUACCGUCUCAAACAAGUUUUUGAUUUCGUUCAUUGUGCCUCAAGUCGUCAAACAAGAGCGCCUCGAGGGAGAUUUCAGGUACGCUCAUGCCCAUGUCCGCUCAAAUGCCGAGGCUGUGGCAUUCUACCACAGCGAGAGACGCGAGGAGGAGAAUGUGACGCGACGCUUUGCUGAACUGAUUCGCACCCAAGAGCGGCUGAUCUUCCGCAACGUGUUUUUGGACAUUUCGAUUGGACUCUUCGAUUAUGCCGGCUCCAUUUUGAGCUACUUGGUCAUUGCUGUACCAAUCUUUGCUGGGCGCUACGAUGACCAACUGAGCAACAUUUCCACUGUCAUUUCUCAGAGUGCCUUUGUCUCCAUUUACCUGAUCAGCUGCUUUUCAACACUGAUUGACCUUUCCACCGAGUUUAGCAACCUGGCUGGUUUCACUCACCGUCUGGGUGAGAUGAUGGAAGUAUUUAUGGACACUUCUCUGCUGCGCCCAGUUGCCCAAGAUAACGAUGACGAGGAUCCGGACGAGCGAGCAGCAUCCACCCAAAAGACCAUCGUAUUUGACCACGUUUCGUUCGAGACACCCAAGGACCACGUCCAAAUCGUGAAGGACCUCAAUCUCGUGAUCGAAGAACAGAUGAACAUUCAAGUGAUGGGUGCCAGUGGGUGUGGGAAAACUUCCCUUCUCCGUACUCUCAACGACCUCUGGCCGCUUUCUUCAGGCACCAUCACCAAGCCGCGCCAUGUCGGACGCAACGGCCUCUUUUACUUGCCACAGGUGCCGUUCGUUUCGGAUGGAACGUUGCGCGAUCUGCUCAAGUAUCCAAACCGCGACGAUUUGACGCACGAUAAUCUCGUCGAGCUGUCGCGAGUGUUUUGUCCGGGAGCUGUCCCUUCGAGCUCCGCAUCGUCUGCUGCAAUCUCGUUGGCACACUCGGGCUCUUUGGUGCGGGUCGACCCUGCUCUCGAGUUUGAGGACAAGGUUUUGACGUCGAUUCUGGCGGAGGUCAAGUUGGGCUUUGUGGUGUCUCGCUGUGGCGGGUACGACACUUGGCACGAUUGGACUUUUUAUGAUUCCUUCUCGCCUGGUGAAAAGCAACGCCUCGCGUUCGUUCGCUUGUUCCUACAGCGGCCUCAGUUUGCCGUUCUGGACGAGUCUACCAGUGCAAUCAGUGGCGACCUUGAAAGCGAGCUGUACUCGCUUUGUCGAGCGCUGAACAUUACGACCGUGUCGAUUGCCCAUCGUCGGUCUCUUCUCAAGUUCCACGACUACCUCUUAAUGUUCAAUGGUGAGGCUGGCUGGAGUUUGAAGCCCAUUGACGCGGCGAUGCGUCAACGAGUUUAGCCAGCGUUCUGACAAACUCGAAAAGUCGUUUGUGUUUGUAUGUUUUGAUUACGAGCACAAUAUAUUUGACAUUCCUCAA